AUGUCGUUUCUUCAUAUUAUCUAUACACUUGCUCUCACUGUCAGUCUUGUUUUGGCUAUAUUAGUUUUAAUAUUGGUUUGGUUAUUUCAUUGCGGUGGUCUUAGUUAUGGCUUUUAUAAAUUUCACCGAAAAAAAAUACCAAACAAUCUAAAAGAGUUACCUGGAAUAUCAAUUAUUAAACCGUUGACAUGCGCUGAUUCGAAUUUAUAUGAUAACCUAAAGACAUUUUUUAAUUUGAAAUAUCCUCGAUAUGAGUUACUCUUUUGUCUACAAGAACAUGAUAGUGAAUUGAUCGCCAUGAUCGAAAGACUGAGAGCACAAUAUCCACAUGUUGAAUCACAAUUGUUUGUUGGCUCUCAAUAUGCAGAGAAAAGACAGGAGAACAACAGCGAUGAUGAUGAUGAUGACGACGACGACAACGAUAAUCAGAAGAAUGAUAAUCUUCGGUCGGUGUCAAAUAACAAAGAUAUUCCAUCAACAAGCAAACGAAUGAUUUCACGAAAACGACCUACAUGUUGCGGUACACAAAAAUUUUCAUCCGGUGAUGCAUUAUUAAAGACUGGAACGAUGGAAAUAGUAAAUCCAAAGAUAUUUAAUAUGUUAGGUGCCUAUGAGAAAGCUCAAUAUCCAUUAUUUUUAAUCUCAGAUAGUGGUCUAAUGAUGUAUGAAGAUACAUUAUUCGAAAUGGCUUUAUGCAUGACUGAAGACGUUGGUCUGGUUCAUCAAAUGCCAUUUACUGCUAAUAGACAAGGUUUCGCUGGAACAGUUGAAAAGGUUUAUUUCGGUACACAGCAUGCUCGUAUGUACAUGGCUAUUAACUUACUUGGCGUAAAUUGUGUAACGGGUAUGUCUUGUUUGAUACGUAAGGCAUGUAUUGAUCAAGUCGGUGGCUUGAAAGCGUUCGGUCGUUAUAUUGCUGAAGAUUAUUAUCUAGCGUAUGAAGUAUCUAAGCAAGGCUUUAAAUUACGUGUUGCACCAACACCAGCUCAACAGAAUUCUGGAAAUUAUUCAAUAAAAUCGUGGACUGAUCGAAUGAUUCGAUGGUGUAAAUUGAGAAUGCGUUUGAGUCCGUUAGCUUACAUAGAACCAUUACAAGAAUCGUUUUCAUCAGCGAUACUAGCUGGUCUUGUUACGAAUUAUUUACUUGAAUGGAAUGCACUUGUUGUUGGUGCGUGUCAUAUUUUAUUAUGGUUUAUAUGUGAUUAUAUUAUACUUAGAAUAACUCAAGGUGGCCCGCUUCCGUUUUCGAAAUUUGAAUUUGCUGUUGCAUGGCUCAUUCGAGAACUUUCGUCAUUUUACAUCUAUUUUAAAGCGUUCACUGGUCCGGCAACAAUCACAUGGCGUGGCAAAAUAUAUCGCCUAGGAUCAGGUACACGAGUCGACGGAUUACAUUCUUCAUCUUCAUCACAAUCAUCAGCGCCGACUCUUAUCGUUGAAUCAUCAUCCAUUCCAACUUCAUCAAAUUCCAUAUUACCAGUGACAGGAUAA